UGGUAGGAAGAAAUGUCUGUUGAAUUCUCAAGAUGGCCGAAGCCACAGUCGAAAGAGCAAGUGAACGAUUUUAUUGCCAUGAGUGCAAUCGAGAAGUUUCUCUGAAUUUACCAGAUUUUACUUGUUCACAAUGCCAGGGAGAAUUUAUUGAACAGUUAAGUGACAGCAAUGGAGAAGAAGAAAGUACAGCAGAAGCUGAAAGAGACCCAGCCACCCACUUUGCAGAGUUGGUUCACAGAAGUUUGUUUGGACAACUGCCAGAUGAAGGAAGGAGACGAUCCCGUAGACCACGAACAAGAAUAAGUAUUCGUACCAAUCAAAGGCCAGGAGAAAGAGGAGAUGCUGCCAAUGCCACAACUGCUGCAGCAAUUGAUGUAAUUCUUCAAAAUCUUUUUGGUGGAUUAGCAUCACCAGGUAGUAAUACAAGUGAAGAUGGAGCAGGAACAUCUGGAAAUAUGGGAUUUCCAUUCAACUUGUUGCGUCUUCAUGGGAACCCUGCUGAUUAUGCCUGGGGUGCAGAGGGAUUGGAUUCAAUAAUAACACAGCUUCUAAACCAGAUGGAUGGAGCAGGACCACCCCCUGCAGAUUCCAAAAAGAUAGAAGAUCUUCAAAAAGUAGAAGUUACAGAAGAUUCAGCAGAGUCUGAUAAAUUUUGUGCUGUAUGCAAAGAACAGUGUUCAAAAGAUGAGGAUGUUAGGAGAUUACCCUGUAGUCAUAUAUUCCAUUUUGGUUGUAUAAAACCAUGGUUAAAAAUGCAUGAUUCUUGCCCUGUCUGCCGCUUGAGUCUCAGCAAUACCCAAACAAGAGGGUCACGAGAUAGUGAUUCAAGCACACCUGAACAGUUUCAUUUAUGAAUUAAACUGAUUUGAACUGGGAAAUCUGAAGCUUUUGAAUUUUUUUUUGUUACAAUCUAGUUUUAAGUUAUUGAGUACAUCACACAAUAGAGACAAUAUGGGAUGCUGUGAAUAUUUCCACUGUAUUUCUGUUAGAACAACAGUUAUGCUUUUUCAUUAUAAAGUUUAUUUACAGGUCACAAUUACUGCUUUUGUUUGUAAUGAGUGUAAAUAAAAACGUGAGUAUAAGGUUAUGAAA